AUGUCAACGUCAGAGAAUAACGACGUUCCCGUCAAUACAGAUUCUAUGAGGGGGAACUGGGGAAAUAAAAGUGAACGUUAUGUGACUGGAUCACUCAAACUCAACGACACCCGGUGUUUGAGAAAAUGCAACUGUAGCUACUCCUUCAUCUACUUCAACAACGACUGCUACUACUCCUUCAUCUACUUCAACAACUACGACUGUAACUACACCCCCAUCUACUUCAACAACUACGACUGUAACUACUCCCUCACCUACUUCAACAACUACGACUGUAACUCACUCCUAGACUGCUUCAACAACUACGACUCAACAACGACUGCUACUACACCCUCAUCUACUUCAACAACGACUGCUACUACACCCCCAUCUACUUCAACACCUACGACUGCUACUACUUCCCUCAUCUACUUCAAUCAACAACAACUACGACUGCUAACUACACCCCCAUCUACUUCAACAACAACGACUGCUACUACUCCCUCAUCUACUUCAACAACUACGACUACUGCUACUGCUCCCUCACCUACUUCAACAACGACUGUAACUACUCCCUCAUCUACUUCAACAACGACUGCUACUACUCCCUCACCUACUUCAACAACGACUACUGCUACUGCUCCUCUCACCUACUUCAACAACGACUGUAACUACUCCCUCAUCUACUUCAACAACGACUGCUACUGCUCCCUCAUCUACUUCAACAACGACUGUAACUACACCCUCAUCUACUUCAACAACGACUGCUACUACUCCCUCAUCUACUUCAACAACGACUGUAACUACUCCCUCAUCUACUUCAAUAACGACUGCUACUACUCCCUCAUCUACUUCAACAAUUACGACUGUAAAUAG